GAUCAGGUGGGGCUGGAAUGUGGAAAAUAAGGUGAGUUGAAUUUGGAACAGGCAUCAGGAGGGACUUUGACAUGAAUGGUAUCAUGUCUGCUGGGGUUUGCAAGGCUGAUGAGAGCAUGGGGCAAAGUGUCCAGUGCCUGCCUUCCUGCCCCCAGUUGAGAAUGCAUGCUGAAUUUUCUGGAUCCUAAAAGGAUCCAUGUAAAAUACAGCUUUGUUCGCAAUGCGGAAUAGUAAACUCGUGAUUAGAACAAUGAAUUUAACCACAUGUAUGUUAAAGGCAUCUAUUUAAAAUAAGAAAAUACUGAGCCAAGCAGGUGAGCAUCUUGUGUGUUUUUUUUUUUGUUUGUUUUUUUUUUUUUUUUUUUUUUGCAAGAGAGGGUGGAAUGAAUUGUAUCAGUUUAGAAGAUUUAUUGCUUUUGCUCAGGAUCUGCCAGGAGCCUGUGGAAAGAAAGUGAUUUUCAGCUCUGGUCUCAUGGGAGAUUUGUCUUUGAAGGUGCUACAGAACUAUUUCAGGCAACUAGGAAGAUAGAAGGAUGGAUUUCUCAGAGGGCUUGAUGAGUUACUUGGCCAGAGGAUGACUGGCACUCAAGAAUUAGGAUAAGCAGUUGCAUUUUUCUAAUCAUCAUGAUUUUUCUUUUGUUUUGUUUUUCUUUUUUGUUUUAUUUGUCAGUGUGUUUGAGAUGGCAGAAAAGCUGCACAAGUUCUUGUGGUGAAACAAGCUUUGGGUCAUGUCUUGAAUGCUGCAUGACAGCUGAAAGGAGGGGCAGUUUUAGACAGUGAUGUUGAAAUGCCAGGACUUGAAAAAGUAAAUCAACGAGAUUCCUUUAUAUCUGUGUGCCUUGGGAAUGAAUGGAGGUUUUAAGAGGGUAGUUGCUAAUGUCAACAAUAAAUAAUUUUCUUUAUAUAAAUGUAAUAUUGUCAGCCAUUUAAGUUGAUUAACUUACCAGCUGAGGUAUCUUAUUGGUCCUAUGUUGUUCAUUCCAACUUAGUUUAAUAAACUUUAGCUCAAAAGAGCAAGAAAGAAAUUAGGAGUUUUAUUUUGAUUGAAAUGAAUUUGAAAAUGUAUUUUAACUGAUCAUCCUAAAUAUAGAAUAUAUAGUAGAUUUAUAUUUUUGAAGUUAUUACUCUGUGAAGUUGUUUUUUCUGAUAUGUGGUGAUUACUUGUAAGUUUAUUUUCCAGACUGAAAACUUAAUUUUCUGAUUUUUUUUUAUUUUAUUUUUUUAUUUCAGAUCUGUCUUUGGAGGAAAACCAGUUUUUUGCCUGCUGGAAGAAUGCAGUGAAACUGCCAGUAUUUCUAGCUGGAAUUAUAAAUUUAAUAUUCAACUUUAGUGUUACUAGUUUCUUACUAAAUAGUACCUCAAAGCAGAAGAAAAAUGUACGGAAGCGCAAGAACAAUCAGCAACUUGGAAGGAAGUCCCUCGAGGUCUCCCCGCUUGCCACGGUCCCCUCGCCUGGGUCACAGGAGAACCAGCAGUGGGGGAGGAGGAGGGACAGGGAAGACGUUAUCCAUGGAGAACAUCCAGUCCCUUAAUGCAGCCUAUGCAACGUCUGGACCAAUGUACCUGAGUGACCACGAGGGUGUAGCUUCUACUACGUUCCCAAAGGGCACAAUGACUCUUGGAAGGGCUACAAAUCGAGCUGUGUAUGGUGGCAGAGUCACAGCCAUGGGGAGCAGCCCCAACAUUGCUUCUGCUGGACUGUCACAUACAGAUGUCCUUUCUUACACUGACCAGCACGGGGGGCUGACCACAUCCUCGCACCACCACCACCACCAGGUUCCUUCCAUGCUGAGACAGGUUAGAGAUAGCACCAUGUUAGAUCUGCAGGCUCAGCUGAAGGAUCUCCAGAGGGAGAACGACCUUCUCAGAAAAGAACUAGACAUUAAGGACAGCAAGCUGGGGUCCUCUAUGAACAGCAUCAAAACUUUCUGGAGUCCUGAGCUAAAGAAAGAGAGAGUACUGAGGAAAGAAGAAGCAGCCAGAAUGUCAGUUCUUAAAGAACAGAUGAGAGUUUCCCAUGAAGAAAAUCAGUUUUUGGAUGCCAGAAGAACAAAGCAUCUGCAAAUGACAAUCCAGGCACUUCAAGAUGAGCUUAGAACCCAGAGAGACCUUAACCAUCUUCUCCAGCAAGAAAGUGGGAACCGAGGGGCUGAGCAUUUUACUAUUGAGCUCACAGAGGAGAAUUUUCGAAGACUUCAGGCAGAACAUGAUAGACAAGCUAAAGAGCUCUUCCUGUUGAGAAAAACUCUAGAAGAGAUGGAGCUUAGGAUCGAAACACAAAAGCAAACACUAAAUGCAAGAGAUGAAUCAAUUAAAAAGCUUCUAGAGAUGUUGCAAAGUAAAGGUUUGCCUUCUAAAGGAAUGGAAGAUGACAAUGAGAGAACUCGAAGGAUGGCAGAGGCUGAAUCUCAGGUUAAUCAUUUAGAAGUGAUUUUAGAUCAGAAGGAGAAGGAAAACAUGCAUCUUAGAGAGGAAUUGCAUAGAAGAACCCAACUUCAGCCUGAGCCAGCAAAGACGAAGGCUCUGCAAACAGUCAUUGAAAUGAAGGAUACAAAAAUAGCUUCACUUGAGCGCAAUAUAAGAGAUCUUGAAGAUGAAAUACAGAUGUUAAAGACAAAUGGAGUUCUGAAUACAGAGGACCGAGAAGAAGAAAUCAAACAAAUAGAAGUUUACAAGAGUCACUCAAAGUUCAUGAAAAAUAAGAUUGAUCAACUGAAACAAGAACUCUCAAAGAAAGAAUCAGAACUUCUUGCCUUACAAACUAAGCUUGAAACCCUUAGCAAUCAGAAUUCAGAUUGCAAGCAACACAUUGAAGUGCUUAAAGAGUCUCUUACUGCCAAAGAACAGAGAGCUGCCAUACUUCAGACAGAGGUUGAUGCCUUGCGGUUACGAUUGGAAGAAAAAGAAACCUUUCUGAAUAAAAAAACAAAACAACUUCAAGACCUCACAGAAGAGAAAGGAACCCUUGCUGGAGAAAUUAGAGAUAUGAAAGACAUGUUGGAAGUAAAAGAAAGAAAAAUUAAUGUCCUUCAGAAAAAGAUUGAAAAUCUACAGGAGCAACUUAGGGACAAAGACAAACAACUGACUAAUCUAAAAGACAGAGUGAAGUCGCUGCAGACGGAUUCCAGUAAUACAGACACAGCACUAGCAACCUUAGAGGAAGCGCUAUCAGAAAAGGAAAGAAUAAUAGAGCGUCUGAAGGAGCAAAGGGAUCGAGAUGACAGAGAAAGACUUGAAGAAAUUGAAUCUUACAAAAAAGAAAACAAGGACCUGAAGGAGAAAGUUAAUGCUUUACAAGCUGAACUGACAGAAAAAGAGUCUAGUUUAAUCGAUCUCAAAGAACAUGCAUCUUCAUUGGCAUCAGCAGGGCUGAAAAGAGACUCCAAACUUAAGUCUUUAGAAAUAGCCAUAGAACAAAAGAAAGAAGAGUGUAGUAAGUUGGAAGCACAGUUGAAAAAGCAAGCUGAGCAGUUGUUCAAUCAGAUGUACAAUCCAAUGCCAAUUAGGAAUAAUGGGAAGCAAGGGGCUCAUGAAGCUGAAGAGGAGGCACGGAUGAAUCCAGAAUUUGCAGACAGAAUGAAACAGCUUGAUAAAGAGGCAUCAUACUAUAGAGAAGAAUGUGGCAAAGCUCAGGCUGAGGUUGACAGACUUCUAGAAAUACUCAAGGAAGUAGAGAAUGAGAAGAAUGACAAAGAUAAGAAAAUUGCUGAGUUAGAAAGCUUGACUUCCAGACAUAUGAAGGACCAAAACAAGAAGGUUGCCAAUCUGAAGCACAAUCAACAAUUGGAGAAAAAGAAGAAUGCACAGCUCUUGGAAGAAGUUCGUAGGCGAGAGGACAACAUGACUGACAACUCUCAACAUUUACAAGUAGAAGAGCUGAUGAAUGCACUGGAAAAGACCAGACAAGAAUUAGAUUCUACCAAAGCCCGUCUUGCCUCAACACAGCAGUCUUUGGCUGAAAAAGAAGCACAUCUGGCUAACCUGAGAAUAGAGCGAAGGAAACAGCUUGAAGAAAUUCUAGAAAUGAAACAGGAAGCUUUGCUUGCUGCAAUUAGUGAAAAAGAUGCAAAUAUUGCCUUGCUUGAGCUGUCUGCUUCAAAGAAAAAGAAGACUCAAGAUGAAGUAAUGGCUCUUAAGCGAGAGAAGGACAGAUUAGUGCAUCAGUUAAAGCAGCAGACACAAAACAGAAUGAAGCUGAUGGCAGAUAACUAUGAUGAUGACCAUCACCACUACCACCACCAUCACCACCACCACCACCAUCGGUCUCCUGGGAGGACACAACACAACCACAGACCCUCUCCAGAUCAGGUUGGUCACCUCUUUCUUCACCCUCAGUUUUAUAACUUCAUUGUUUUGCUAUUUCAGAAUAAAAUAACUUUUCUGAAGAACUAA